CACAGUCCGUUAGCCUAAAGCUACAGAAGGGUUUGUUUUUUUCUCCUGUCGGAUUCACGGUUUGUUUUUCCUUUUGCUUUAAAACACACCGCGGCUUCGGUAGGACUCGUAUCGACAUGUAUAUAAAGUCUAUAAUCCUAGAAGGCUUUAAGUCGUACGCUGAGAGGACGGAAAUUAACGGCUUUGACCCGCUGUUUAACGCCAUCACCGGUCUGAACGGCAGCGGAAAGUCCAACAUCCUCGACUCCAUCUGCUUCCUGCUCGGAAUCACCAACUUAUCACAGGUCAGAGCAUCAAACCUCCAAGAUUUAGUCUACAAAAAUGGGCUUGCUGGAAUCACUAAAGCUACAGUGUCCAUCACUUUCGACAACUCCAAUAAGAAACAGAGCCCGCUGGGGUUCGAGACCCAUGACGAGAUCACCAUCACCAGACAGGUUGUUAUCGGUGGGCGGAAUAAGUAUCUCAUCAACGGUGUGAACGCAAACAACAUGCGUGUUCAGGAUCUCUUCUGUUCUGUUGGGCUUAACGUCAACAAUCCACAUUUUCUUAUAAUGCAGGGGAGAAUCACCAAAGUCUUGAACAUGAAACCACCUGAGAUUCUGGCCAUGAUUGAAGAAGCUGCUGGUACGAGGAUGUACGAGUGCAAGAAGAUCAGCGCUCAGAAAACCAUCGAGAAGAAAGAUGCAAAGUUGAAAGAGAUUCAAACGAUACUGGAUGAGGAGAUUACCCCUGCUAUGGAGAAACUGAAAGAGGAGCGUGCGUCCUACCUGGAGUACCAGAAGCUGAUGCGUGAGAUUGAGCAUCUGAGCCGGCUCUAUGUGGCUUGGCAGUUUGUGUGUGCCGAAGAGACCAAGCUGAAGUCGGCUGAGGACCUGCAGUCGAUGCAGAGCUCCAUCAGUGAGCUCCAGAACAGCAUGCAGAAGAACGCGGAGCGCAUCCGUGAGCUCAGCGAAGAAAUUAAAGUGCUGGAGAAGAGCAGGGACAAGGAGGUGGCAGGUGUUCUGAAGGCUCUGGAGGAGACUCUGGCCGAGGCACAGCGAGUGGACACAAAAGCUCAGAGCGCUCUCGAUCUGAAGAAGCAAAACUUUAAGGACGAGACUAAAAAGAGGAAAGAACUUGUCAAAAACAUGGAAGAGGACAAAAAGGUGUUGUCAGCAAAGGAAGGUGAGGUGAACAAGAUGAUGGAGCGACUGAGAGCCGUGCACGAGGAGGGAAAAAAGGACGCAGAGGAACUGGAGGUGGCCCAACAGCACUUCAAGGCGGUGUCUGCCGGCCUUUCAGCCAAUGAGGAUGGCGAGGCGGCCACACUGGCAGGUCAGAUGAUGACCUGCAAGAACGAUAUGAGCAAAGCAGAGACCGAGGCUAAGCAGGCUCAAAUGAAGCUCAAGCAUGCUCAAGAAGAGCUAAAAAGCAAGCAGGCUCAGGUGAAGAAGAUGGACAGUGGAUAUAAAAAAGACCAAGAUGCCUUCGAGGCUGUGCAGAAGUGCAGAGACAAGUUGCAGGCUGAACUUGAGAAGCUCAACUAUGAAGACGGUCGAGAGGAGCGCUUGAUCGAACAGAAAAGGCAGCUGUCUCGCGAAGUCAACCACUUACGCGAAACCUACGAGUCCUUCAUGGGACAGUUCCCUAACCUGCGCUUUGAAUAUGCAGAUCCUGAGAGGAACUGGGACCGCAGUAAAGUCAAGGGUCUGGUGGCAAACCUUUUCACAGUGACAGACGUGUGUAACGCUACGGCUCUGGAAGUGGUGGCAGGCGGUCGUCUCUAUAACAUAGUGGUGGACACUGAGGUCACUGGGAAGAAAAUUCUGGAAAAGGGUGAGCUGAAACGCAGAUACACAAUCAUCCCCCUGAACAAGAUCUCUGCAAGAACGCUGGACGACGGAGUAGUUCGUACUGCGAAAAACAUUGUGGGAAAGGAUAACGUUCAUACAGCUCUGUCAUUGGUGGGUUAUGAGUCUGAGUUGCGCAAGGCCAUGGAGUAUGUUUUCGGAACCACGCUGGUGUGCGAUUCUCUGGAUAAUGCCAAGAAGGUUGCCUUUGAUAAAGGCGUCAGCACCAAAACCGUCACACUCGGUGGAGACGUGUUUGAUCCACAGGGAACGUUGACCGGAGGUGCUCGGGCGCAGACUGCCUCUGUGCUCUCCAAACUGGCGGAGGUGAAAGCUGUACAAGACAAACUAAGGGCCAAAGAGGCCGAGCUCGCUACUGUAGAAAAGGAACAAGGCAGCCUCAAGGGAACUGCUGAGAAGUAUCGUCAGCUGAAGCAGCAGCUGGACCUGAAAACUGAAGAAGCUCAGAUCCUAGAAACCAAACUCCAACAAAGCUCUUUCAAUAAACAGCAGGUAGAGCUCGAGAACCUCCGCAGGACCAUUGAGGAAAGCGAGGAGACGCUCAAGACGACGAAGGAGGUGCAGAAGAAGGCGGCGGAAAAGUACAAAGUCUUGGAGAACAAGAUGAAGAAUGCAGAGGAAGAGAGAGAGAAAGAACUGAAAGCAGCGCAGCAGAAACUCAACCAGGCGAAAAGCAAAGCAGACGCCUUCAACAAGAGACUCAAGGAGAGACAACAGGAGGCUGAUGCAGUGGCGUUGGAGCUUGAGGAGCUGAAGCGGGAGCAGGCUGGUUAUGAGCAGCAGAUUCAGGCUGUGGAUGAGGCGAUGAAAGCCUUACAGGAACAGAUCAGCGCAAUGACCACUGAGGUCGCAGCUAAUAAGGACUGUGUACGGCAAGCGCAGGAGCAGCUGACCCAACAGAAAGAGGUGAUCGUGGCCCAAGAGCGUGAGAUCAAGGCGAAGAGUGAAGAAGCCAACCGCUUAAGAGAACACAACAACGACGCUCAGCUCAAAAUCAAAGAGCUGGAGCACAACAUCAGCAAGCACAAGAAGGACAGUGCAGAUGCUGCUGCUAGGGUGACUCGCAUGCUGGCUGAGAACGACUGGAUCUCUUCCGAGCGGCAUCUCUUCGGCCAGCCAAACUCUGCGUACGACUUCAAGGAGAACAACCCUAAAGAAGCUGGCCAGAGACUAAAGAGACUCGAGGAGACCAAAGUCAAGCUGGAGAGAAACAUCAACCGUAGAGCCAUGAACAUGCUCAGCGAGGCAGAAGAACGAUAUAAUGAUCUGAAAAAGAAGAAGAGGAUCGUCGAGAACGAUAAAGCAAAGAUCCUGGAGACGAUUAAAGAGUUGGACCAGAAAAAGAACGAGGCGCUCAACGUGGCCUGGCAAAAGGUAAAUAAGGAUUUUGGAUCUAUAUUCUCCACUCUGCUGCCUGGGGCAGAUGCUCGUUUGGCUCCGCCUGAGGGCUGCGGUGUCCUCGAUGGCCUUGAGUUUAAAGUUGCUCUGGGGAAAACAUGGAAGGAGAACUUGACAGAACUGAGUGGAGGCCAAAGGUCACUGGUGGCACUUUCUUUGAUUUUGGCCAUGCUGCUGUUUAAACCUGCUCCGAUCUACAUCCUGGAUGAAGUGGACGCGGCUCUCGACCUCUCGCACACGCAGAACAUAGGACAGAUGCUGCGCACUCACUUCACACACUCCCAGUUCGUGGUCGUGUCGCUGAAAGACGGCAUGUUCACCAACGCCAACGUUCUCUUUAAGACCAAGUUCGUGGACGGUAUUUCAACAGUGACGCGCACAACUCAGACACACGAGGGAAAGGUUCUAGCUCAGCGAGCACACGACAAAGCAAAGUCCAAGGAUAAACGUCAGCGUGAGAUACUCGCCAGCUAAACACACAGUCACGGGACACGCAGAUAAUCUUCAAAAUUUAGCUUCUUUUCUAUUCUAAACGCAUGUGUACACUUUUUUUUUUUUUUUU